AUGUCUGAAUAUAGUCUAAUAUUUUAUCUAUUAACCGAGAUUCAAGUCUUUGGAUUCAUUGCUGUGGUCAGCAGCUUCUUUCUACUGUUUGCCUGGAACCAAUAUAGAGGGACAACAUUAAUCAAACACAACCAAACGUUUAUAAAUGAUUCUAAGGAAUUUCCAAAUCAUGAAGUGCAUCAUAUAAAUAACAAAACUGUAAGCAAGAAGAAACAGGAAUUGGUUCAGUUAAACAACAAAACUAAAUAUAUUAUAUAUUACUGUGUUAAUAGUAUAUUGUGUGGAGGUUGGGGAGAUAGGCAGCAUGGAAUAGUGUCUGUAUAUUUAAUGUCACAAGCCAUGGGUCGUCGUUUUGGCAUCAUUAAUUCAAAACCUUGUAAAUUUACUAAUUAUCUUCAACCAAACAAAAUUAACUGGACAAUUGACCCAAAAGAGUUGCAGGGCCUAAAAAGCCAUCACCUCCGUUUGAUUGACAACAAAAGGUACCUUUCCUCUUUACAAUCAGCAGACUUAGAAAGAAGUCACCCUGAAGAUGUACUCUAUGUGUCUACAAAUGUAAUCUAUUUUCAUGCUUUAAUAGAGAACCCUCACUAUAAAAAACAACUUCUUUGGGCAUCACAAAUGUCAUACGGAAAUUUAUUUGCUAAAAUGAUGAAUUUAUUGUUUCGCUUCAAUAAUCAUAUUCAGGAAAAGUUUGACAAAUUUUUUAAAGUCAAUAUCCCCGAGCCAAAUAUGCAUUUGGUGUGUGCUCAGAUUCGAAUUGGACAGAACCCCAGUGUUCCAGGAGAUUCCCCAAGGAAUUCAAUGUCAAAUAUUCAGAUUGUCUGGAACUUGUUAAAUAAAUACAACACUAGCAAGUACAAAAUAUUUGUGACAACAGACUCAGAAGAGGUACAGGCGAUAGCUUCAAAUAAAUUUGCUUCUCAAAUCGCGAACAACUCAGGGGAAAUAUUUCAUGUGGAUCGGAUACGUAAUGGAGUGAAUAAAAUAUGUGAUAAUUUAAGUAAGGUUUUCAUGGACCAAUAUAUUCUGACUAAAUGUGAUACGUUGAUAGUAAGCCGAAGUGGUUAUGGUGAAAAUGCUGUAAUAAUGAGGCAAAAAGAAAACAACCUGUUUUAUUUUAGAAAUGGAAAUAUAACACGAAUCAGUAAAGAAAAACUUUCUCGUAUCUGGAAAAAAACAUGGUUGUGAAAUAGGAUUUUUUUUGACACACAGAAUCUGAAAAUGGCAUCCAUGUAUUAUCAUCAUGUCAAGAUUUUAAGAUACUGGAUUCAUAGAAUUUCCUUGUUCUGUCAAUAAAACAGCUUAUGAAGAAUAAGGCCCUGCCCCGUUUAACAUUGUCCCAAAACUGAUCAAAGAGGGAAAGGAUCCCAUCACCUUUAAACGGAGUCUGGACAAAUUUUUUCAAGGAAUACCAGUAAGCCAGCCAUACAUGGAUACGACUCACUCAACAAGAGCUCACUAAUUGAAUGGACCAUAAUACCACAAAACUUGACUUAAAAAGGAUUUAGAUAAUCCUAUUCCUAUCAGGUGGUGCUAUUAAAUUACACAUGGCCUGGACCAAUCUUUGGUCGAAAGUUUUAUCAUUAACUCUUUUGUUACCAUAUUUCUGUUGAACUCUAAGGGCUUUGUUUCAAUUAAUUUUGAAAAUUAGAAAGAAUAAAAUAACUGUUAUUUUCAAACAUAAAAACUUAAAGUUCUGAAGGAAAGUUUUAAUUUAGAUCGCUUUAAAAUAAGGAGUUUGUAUCAUGGAGUGAAGGGCAUUCUUACCUGGAUUGGUAUCAAUCAAAACAGUUAAAUUGCUAAGGAA